GACUACUUCGCCCGCGGCGGGGUGCAGGUGGCCGAGUCGGCCGGGGAGGUGCUGCAGCAGGCCGACGUGGUGCUGAAGGUCAACGCGCCGCUCUUGGACGAGGUCCAGGUGCUGCAGGGCACGCAGACCAUGGCCGCCUUCUGGAGCAUGUACGAUACGCAGGAGCUCACCGAAGCCUUGCAGCAGUCCGCGGCCUCGUUCGUGAACCUGGCACUCGUGCCGCGCAUCUCGCGGGCGCAGAAGCUCGACGCGCUGACCUCCAUGGCCAAUAUUGCGGGUUACCGUGCCGCGCUGGACGCGUUCAACCAGUUGCCGCGCUUCAGCAGGUCCUCCGUCACGGCCAGCGGCGCAGUGCCCCCCGCGCGCGUCUUCGUCAUCGGCGCCGGCGUGGCGGGCCUCAGCGCAAUCGCCACAGCGCACUCGCUGGGCGCGAAGGUGUAUGCCAACGACGUGCGCUCGGCAGUCAGCGACCAGGUGGAGAGCCUGGGCGCGGAGUUCUUGCCCAUCGAGGCGGAGGGCAUCUCCGGCGAAGGCGUCGGCGGCUACGCCACCGAGAUGGGGGCCGCCUUCAAGCAGGCCCAGCUGGCCACCUACGCCCGCAUCAUCCCCGACAUGGACAUCGUUAUCACCACCGCCAUGAUCCCGAACAGGGCCUCGCCGAUGCUCAUCCCCGCGGAG